GACACAUAAAUUAACAUAUGAAUGGAUUAUCAAUUAAACUAAGCGAAUUUUUUUAGCUUAGAGCUCAAAAUUAUAAUAAUGGCGGGAGUAGUACAAGAUGUUGAUCACGUAGAGAAGAAGACCACGAAAGCAUGCGUCAUUGGGGGUACAGGAUUUGUUGCAUCCAUGCUUGUUAAAUUGUUAUUGCGAAAGGGCUAUUCUGUCAAUACCACUGCUAGAGACCCUGGUGAUGAGAAGAAGAUUUCACACCUCUCAGCACUCAAAGAUCUUGGCCACUUGAAGAUAUUCAAAGCAAAUUUAACUGAUGAAGGGAGCUUUGAUGUUGCGGUAGAAGGCUGUGACAUUGUUUUCCUAGUCGCAACUCCUGUCAACUUUGCCUCUCAGGACCCUGAGGCAGAUAUGAUUAAGCCUGCAAUCCAAGGAGUAACGAAUGUAUUGACUGCCUGCGCGAAGGCAAAGUCUGUGAAACGCGUUGUAAUGACUUCAUCUGCAGCUGCUGUAUCGAUCAAUAGCCUCACCGAGGAAGGUCUUGUGAUGAGUGAGAAGGAUUGGACUGAUGUUGAUUUCCUCUACUCCAAAAAACCACCUCUCUGGGGUUACCCUGUAUCAAAGACACUAGCUGAAAGAGAAGCCUGGAAAUUCGCAAAGGAAAACAACCUCGAUCUCAUUACCGUUAUACCAUCUUUGAUUUCCGGUGCUGCAUUCACUCCUGAUAUCCCUAGCAGCAUCGGUCUUGCUACAUGCUUGCUAACAGGAAAUGUGUCCCUUAUAAAUGGUAUGAAGGGCAUGCAAUUACUAUCUGGUUCGAUCUCUAUAACACAUGUGGAGGAUGUUUGUCGUGCACAUAUUUUCAUAGCUGAGAACAAAUCUGCUUCAGGGCGUUAUAUCUGCUGCGCUGUUAACACUAAUGUUCUUGAUCUUGCCAAGUUUUUAGGCAACAGAUACCCUCAGUAUAAUGUUCCAACAGAUUUCAGAGAAUUUCCUUCAAAGGCGAAGCUGAUUCUUUCAUCAGAAAAGCUCGUUAACGAGGGGUUUGAGUUCGAGAAUGGGAUUGAAGAGAUCUAUGAAUCAACUGUGGAGUAUCUGAAGAGCAAGGGUCUAUUGAAGGAGACAUCUUGUUAGCUAUUAUUAUCAUCUACUAAAGCUAUGUUUCGGCCGUUUUAUUAGAACUAUAUAAUAAACUCUAAAUGACAUUUAGAGGACUAAUGUUUUCCUUGAUUGAAACAAAAUUGCUACUAAAAAAAAAAUCUUCUACUCCUUAUUAAAAAUGGGGGUUUUUAUUCUA